CUUCGUUUAUAUUUGGUUGUAGUUCGUGUAAGUUACAGACUCGAUUAACCUACACGGCGUCAACAUUACCCUAAACACACGAGAUUUUGAGGGAUUUACUUGUAUGCAGGUUUCUCACUGCCGUCAUCUUGGCUCGGAGCAGCAGACAUGGUAGAGCCGACGACGCACAAGUUUGCGUCCCUAGAAGAGGAGCUCGGUUUCUGGAAGGAGCAGGCGGAGAGGCACCAGCAGAGGGCAGAGGAGGCCCAGGAGGAGCUGCAGGAGUUCCAGCAGAUGAGUCGGGACUACGAGGCGGAGCUGGAGACGGAGCUGAAGCAAUGUGAGGCUCGGAACAAAGAGCUGCUGUCAGACAACAACCGACUCCGCAUGGAGCUGGAGUGCAUCAAGGAGAAGUUUGAGGCACAGCAUUCUGAGGCUUUCAGGCAGAUCUCAACGCUGGAGGGAGAUCUGGCUGAGACCACAGCAGUCAGAGACCACCUCCAGAAAUACAUCAGGGAGCUAGAGCAGUCAAAUGAUGACCUGGAGAGGGCCAAAAGGGCUACCAUCAUGUCUCUGGAGGACUUUGAGCAGAGGAUGAAUCAAGUCAUUGAGAGGAAUGCUUUUCUUGAGAGCGAGUUGGAUGAGAAGGAGAACCUGCUGGAGUCUGUCCAGAGGCUCAAGGAUGAAGCCAGAGACCUUCGCCAGGAGCUGGCUGUGCAACAGAAGGAGCGACGGCCCUCUAGCAGCCUGGGCAAAGACCCAGAUCGAACUGAGCUCCCACGCCCCUCGACAGGGAACCCCUCCCUCCCUGCCACACCUUCCAAACCUAUCAGCUCGUUUGCUACGACCCCUGCAUCCAAUAUCAGGCGAGGUGAUGGCCUAACAGGAACUCCCCUCACUACGUCAGCGAGAAUAUCUGCGCUCAACAUUGUAGGGGAGUUGCUGAGGAAAGUUGGAAAUCUCGAGUCCAAGUUGGCGUCAUGUCGAGACUUUGUGUAUGACACGUCCGCUAAACAGCCGGCACUCCCAGCUGGCCCUGGCACUCCCUCAGGUUUGGAAGGAGGCUGUGAGGUCCAGGCCAGCAGCAUGAGCCCUCCUCCACAGUACGACAGUUUAGUGAAGCGGUUAGAGUUUGGACCAGCACCUCCAAGAGGAGGCUCCCAGGGUGCCCAGUCUCCACAGGGAGGAGUGAAGAUCCUGCUUUGAGACAAAAAGAAAGCAAGCCACCUUUCCCCCCUCCUUGCUGAUGUAGCUGCUGCAAUGGGACUUUGAACUGAGCUGCCUUCCCUCCUCACCACAUGCCCCGCUGAACUGUUUGACUGAGAAAGCCACUUCCCGCGCUCUACAUUGCACAUAAUCAAUACAUGGACUCUGACUAGCAUCGCAUCGUGUGUUGCGGUACUACAGCUUUCUUAAUGAGUAAAAUCAAGUACAUGCUGCACUCUCGCCUUCCGCUCCUAACCUUUAGCCUGUGGUGAGUAGCAUCCCCCCAAAAACUCCUUCUGUCUCUGCUAGUUUGCCUUCUGUGAUAGAUCAAGCAGGAUUGGGCUGUUGAUGUUGUAAACCUUAUUGCUCACAGAAAACAAAUGUAGCGUAGUAGCACAAGUGAUAGAUCAUGACACAAGUAUUGAGAACAGGAGCCGGUUAUAUUCCAAUACAGGCUCUGUCACUAACACUGGUAUUGAGACCAAGAACCUGGGGCCUCAUUUAAAACAUGUUCUUUUUUGUGCAAAAACUGUAAACUUGAAACCAAGAAUUAAGUAAGAAAGGCAUCAUCUCCCUGACACCAAUGACCAGUUAACUCUUUACUAGCUGCAAAGACCUAAUGAACAUGAAACCAGAUGGGCUACCAAAUAUACAGAGUUUCUCAAGUAAUCUGUGAAAAAUGUACAUGUACGGUCACAUUAGUAGCCUCUAGACAAAGUUUAGGGACAUUUUUUCUUAAUGAAACCCCAGAAUCAAUAUCACACCCUGCCUCCACUGCUAUAAAAAUGCUACAAAACAAACAGGAUCUGAAGUUUAUGCCAGCUCGUGGCAUAAGCAUUUUAGCCAUUGCUGCCUUCAUCGAUUCUAUAACCUAUUCAAUCUGUAGGCCUUGUCUUAUUGUAAUUCCAUAACUGACCUGGGUCGAUGCCUAGUUAAAUAGUAAAAUGAUUUAAUGAUUCUGAGCCUGAUUCUGCCAGGAGAGUAGAAUCAGGAGAAUGGCCUCUUCUUCCCACUGACAAAUGGCAGUGAUUUUUCUAUUUGUACUCAGCCGCAUAACAUAUGACCUCAUAAAAGAAUUUUGCUUGUUUUCAGGCUGCAAGAGCCUAUUCUUUAGUUUCUGGUGGCCUAAACCAUUUCCCUUGGUACCAUGUCAGUGUCUGUAUGACCCAGGUCCUCCCUCAUGUCAUUGCACAGACAGACUUCAGCAGGCCGUCAUGGUUUUAGAUAAACAAGGCUUAUGGAUUAUAGGAACUUUAAAGUUUGGGAUAAACCAAGUUUUAUGCCUUGGAGAAAGGGUAUUCAUGUUUCAUGCUGCAGAGUUAUAAUCUUGUUUUAUGUUGUUGUUUUUAACUUUGAUACUACUUUUUAGUUGUAGAGUACAGAAGUUAGAUUGGUGCAUGUGCACCGCUGAAUGUAUAGUAAUACAUUUUUGAAAGGGGGGUCUUGGUGUAGACCUCCUUUUCACCAUCAAGGUAAUUUAGUGAGGAGAAAUAAGAAAAUGAAAUGAAAUAAUGGCAAUAAUAGAUUUUAACAGGUCAAAGAUAAGCACAGUUCAUAGUGUAUUUCUGUGGGUAUAUAGGGCCCUAUAUAUUGUUAUACCGCUUGUCCUGCCUUAUAAGUAUGAGAUGGUAUAAUUGGGGAAUCCUCUUGAGAAUGAUUCAUAUUUUUAACUAUGUAUCCUCCAAGUGUUUGUGCUCUACUUCAAGGUUCACUGCUGCCCUCUAGAGGCUACAUAAGCAAACUUAACAACAACAGUCUCACCUAACACAGUGGCCGACAGCGUGUCCUGCAGUGUUCCACUCAGCAGCUUGCGCGUAGGAAUUACAUUGUGGGUUAUAAAUUUUGGGAAAAAACUAUAUCUGUACCUACGUCUCUUAACUGCUACAUGUCUCAUGACCUACUGUAUUUGUAACCCAUGACCACUGUGUAUUAGGGUGUGGUAUGUAACACCUCUGCAACUACUUCUGUGUUUUAAACUGUAUGUGCCUGAGGUACUGUACCUAUCUUUUAUCCUGUUGGUUUGUUUUUGUAUUGAACUUAAGCAGAUAUAAAUGCUCUGUCAUCAAACAGUGACAUCUUACUGAGCAAGACAAGCAUUAAAAGUAGGAACCCAUAA